AUGGUGCGCCGUGCCGCGCGCCGCGAGCUGUGGUUGGCAACCCUGCUGGUGGCGGCCGCCGGCGCGCUCGCGUCGCUGCGAGACAGCGAGGAACUGCGGCAGCGAGUGCUUCAAGGGUUGGGACUGGGCCGGCUGCCUGACCCCGCCAAGAUGAACAUCAGCCAGGAGGAGUACGGGAGGAUGCACCGUGUGUACCUGCAGAGGGUGGCCGACAGCAGAGGCCCGCAGAGCCAAGAAGUGCAGCAGUUCUACACGAUGGCGCACACAGGAGCGGCGGAGCCUGCACAGCCGCUGCGCGCGGGCGCCUCCUUGUGGCUGUACUACCGCCUGGACGGCGUGCUGCCGAGGGGGGCGGAGGUCGACCAGGCGGUGCUGAGGGCGCUGGUGUCGACCACCGGGUGUCGCGCCGCCCACGUGGGCGCCUACCAACUGCUGGGCCGCGAGGAGAGACGCCUGCUGGAGCGGCGGCCCGUGUCCUGGGCGCCCACCUGGACGGAGCUGGACGUGACUGCGGCGGUGCGCGCCUGGGCCCGCAGCAACGCCUCGAACCUGGGGCUGGAGCUGGCGGGCGAGCGCUGCGGGGUGGUUGUAGCGGCCCCGGGUAUCGUGCUGAACGUGCUGGCCGGAGACCCUCUCCGCGCCACCCGGGUGUCGCGCUCCGCCGCUCCCCCGGGUGCGGCCCAGCGCGGCGGCUGCCGCAAGGACCAGCGCUGCUGCCGCCACUCCAUGGAGGUGGUGUUCAAGGAGCUCAAGGGCUUCGACUUCAUCGUGCAGCCCAAGAAGUUCGACGCCGGCUUCUGCAAGGGCCGGUGCCCGCCGAGCUUCAACCCGGCGCACCACCACGCGCUCAUACAGUCGCUCAUCUGGAAGAAGAACCGGCAGCGCGCGCCCAAGCUGUGCUGCGCCCCUUACGAAUUGUCCGACCUCGAAAUCCUGCAUCGCGACGAGCACGACGGCUCCAAGCUCAAAGUGACCAAAUGGGAAGGGAUGAGUGUCAUCGAUUGCAAGUGCUCUUAAAUCUCCUUUCGGCUAGUCUUGCUCCGACUGAUGUGUUUGCCAAAUGAACGCUGCCGCGCCGCCUGUGUGCGGCGGAUAGUUUUUGAAACAUGCGUUAACUAUUUCUUCGAUUCCUCCAAAGAUUUAGAUGAUUAAUGUACAGUAUUUAAUCCAAAGUUUAGUUGAGCGAGCGUGGUGAAUUUUUUUUUUUUAACGAUGACGACGAACUGUCGAUUAAAAUUACGGGUUCAGUGGAAAUUAUUCAAUGGAAUUUAAGGUGUUAGAAAUAGUGCUUAUUUAGAGAAAGCUCUGUGCAUUAACUUUGCGGUUUCUAAAGACUUGCCACAGAGUUCACCUUACUAAGCGACACUACGUGUUCUAGCAAUAACCUGACUGUGAUAUUACUGUUUGUCUAAAGUUGAUUGUAGUUCAAUUGUAGAGGUGUAGUAUUUAUGUCAUAGCAUUCGCUUAAACGUUAUUUAUAAUAUGUUUAAAUAAAGUGAAUUUUAUUUGUCGAUAGUAAUAACGAUUCUGCGAAAAAUUGUGUUUUUCAAAAUCGAAUAGUAAGCUUUCGAAUUUAAGCUUCAUAGAAUAAAUUUGGAGCAAGCAGAUAUAUCCUACAAGUUUAGAUAUACACAAUUUGAACAAUUUUAGUGUUAUUUAUCCUAAUAUUUUGACUGAUUGCAAGUAAUUUUUUAUGAGAA